ACAUGACCUGUCAAAUAGGAAGUGAGGAGCUACGGAGCAGAAACAGCAUCGGCCAGAAGCGCAAGACGGGAGGAAGCUGUGAAAUCUCCGAAGUCAUUCUCGACGUUUCUCUCCGCAGAUACGUUUCCCCCUUGUCGCCCCGACCGGAGCAUUAAGUUAGCCGCAGUCAUGUACUUGAGGGUGGUGUUUUUCACUGUAGUUGUCGGUCUUAUUGGCGCAUCAGCCGCGACAUACUCAGAAGGAUGCACCGGACUGUCGUGUGAUUCAUGUGGAGCCACCAGUGACUGCCAGUGGCUUAAUUGCACAUCAUCUUUUGGCUGUCACAACAUGACUCUUAUGGCAGGCAACGAGACCUGCAUCAAUGCUAGCUGCUCAGUUGAUCCCACAGCAGCCUUGGCUUCAACUGCCUCCGCAACUACUCCCUCUCCCAUUACAGUCUCCCCUGCCCCUGUUGUCACCGCCACCUCUAACAGCACCUCAGAGAAUGCAACUGUCAGUACUGUUGCCCCCACUCAUAGUGGUAACACCACCACUUCUACUGUUCCAUCCUCUACUGCAUCUGGAACCAACGCAACUACCACAACAAUUUCCCCUUCCCCUGCACCUCACAAGAACACCUUUGACGCUGCAAGCUUCAUUGGAGGGAUAGUUCUCGUUCUGGGCCUGCAGGCCGUGAUAUUCUUCCUCUACAAAUUCUGCAAGUCCAAGGACCGCAACUACCACACCCUUUGAAGCAGCUGCACUUUCUGAUCCGCAUGACUCGAGCUAUCCCCACCAACUAGAACCUACCAGAGAAGAGUCCCCACUCGGCAUGGACUCAAACAGUGUUUUCCAGCAGGAUUUCUAGAUAUUUAAUGUUUGUGCCCCUUAGGGUUUAGGCCUGUAGUAGUGCUGCUGUUGCACUCAAUACUAAGGCACUCAUGCAGGCCUGUAUGUAUGAUGAUAAUUCACACCCUUUCACACCUAAACACAUCUCCAGUUAUAUGGCGUUUAAGCCUUGAGCAUGUGGAUCACGUCAUCCGGUGCUACUCCCACCUCCUGCCAUUAGUCACUCUGCAAAAACCAUCUUCCUUGACAGCUUGUGAUUCCUCAAUUUAAAUACACCACUCGAGAGUUGAAGGAUUACUCAUGUAUUUAAAGGAGCUUUCCUGUUGAUGCUUGGGAGUAGUACAGCUGCUAACUGGUAGGAUUUACAUCUUGGGUUUUUUUUGUCGUGAUUUGGAAACACUGUUUGAGUUCACAGCUAUUCUUUAAAUGUGACGAUUGAGAUGAUUCAGUAUUGCUUUUAGCCUGUUGAAUUGUGGGCAGGUUCCUUCUCCCCCAUGCCGCUCUAUCAUGUAUAUGUGUUCAUAGUAGAUGAUGUUAAAGAGGUGGGGUUACUUACACUGCAAAGGAGUAAAAGCAACGCCCAAUCAUCUGACGUCAGACAGAACAGUCUUAUUUUAGGUCGCUCCCUUGGCAUUUAGGAGUGCUGUGCGUUUUCUGCUGUUGACUUUCCGGGAAAAUUUUUCAUCUGAUGCGAAUUAUAAGAAUUUAAAAAAAAAAAAAAAAAAUUAAAAUAAACAACUGCCACUAGAGCAGCUCAAUGCAAUAAAUCAUGAAACAAGUUCAUGUCCCAUCCUUUAAUCUCCCAGCAUUACCGACAUCAAAACUUAGUCACUCGCUUUGCUAAUGUCGAGCUGGCCCUUCAGUGGAGUAAUUAAUAAAUAAAAAGUGGAGGGGGCUGUGGAUCGAAAUGUAAGAUUGUAGAAUAUUUCAGAAAAAAAGAAUAAUUCAUUCGUUUUAUUAAUGUAGAUAAUAUAGAAAAUGGGGAGAUAAAGAAAAUGGCAUGCACCUUCUUGAUGUGUACAGGGAUAGCAGUGAAGUGCCUUUAAUGUCCAGUAUAAGUUAAAGAGAGACAUGGAGGAGGAUGAGUCUUUUCUUUUGAUUGACGCGCAAGUGUUUUCAUUAGUUUAUGUUUCUAGGGAAGAAACGGUAUCGCGGUGCUGAUAUUGAUCCCAGCUGGACUGAAGAGCAUUUUAAUGUUACAGAAUACAGUAGAUAGAUGUCAUUCAAAGGAAAGACUUGAUCGAUCUAGAUUUAAGGAUUUUUUUUUUUUUCUCCCUUCAGUUGAGGAUUAAAGGUGCUCUCCUUUUUGUAGCACCCAAUACUGCUCUAGAGUUCCCUCCCACAUACUUGUUUGAUUGAGAACUCGGUUGUAAAUUCUUUUGCAUUUCAAAACGUGAAAAAUGAGCCGGCAGGAAAUUUUGGGCCACUGUUAAGUGCUAUAGAUUGGGGAAAGUGCCUGUUUUUUUCCUAAAGAAAAGGCAAAAUUAUUGGGCUUUAUUUAAAAAAAAAAAAAAAAAAAAAAAAAGAUUUUGAGGGAGUGUAUUAAUAUAAAAAUGUUGGCCUGUGAGUGCUGUUUGGUUAAAGGAGCAUUGCGCCUCUGAUUUCUGACUUUGCUAUGUAAAUGAGAGGAUUGUGAAUGAAGUGCAUAACUAUAACAGUGAGUGGCCGUGCUACAGUUCAUGUCGAGUUCUCUAAUUAGCUUGCUGCUAACUGUGAUCUCCCCCUGUUUUAUCCCUCCUGUACAUAGCCAUGUCCUGGUUUUGUUUAUCUUCUCGGUUUCAACUUAAGGAAAGGCUAAAAUGAAGGAGUGUUUAUCAGUACAUUUUGCUUGUAGCGGCUUGUAAGUGUCAAGAAUGUUGUGUUAAAUGCCUCUUUUGUUGUUGUUGAUUGCAUGCUGGAUGCUUGGAGUUGUGAUUUUUUUUUUUCCUCCCGUUGCAUAUGCUCUUAAGGAUUUUUAGACCCACUUAAAAACCACUUGAUUAUUUGUGAUUAGCCCAUAUGCUAGCUGAAAGAAUGCCUUGAGUAACAGUGUGCAUUAAGCCAAAGUCCUCAGUUUUGGCAUGGAAAUUAAGCAUUGCACUGACGAGCUUUGUUUUGUAACUUUGUCUUUGUAAAUGUUUUCAUGAUUCAGCCGAAAAACUAAGAUGCUUGUAUAAAUAUUCAGACUUGAAUAUUAAUAGAUAAUGGAUGAAUAAUCACAUCAUAUGUUUUGUGUGACCAUGAACGGUAAGAAAUCCAUCACUGCAGAAGUUGUUUUUUCUUUUUGUUUUGCCGUUCAUAAGUUAGGAUUACAUGUUUUCUGCUGCUCACCAUUAACACGCCUUUUAACCUGGUCACCUGGUGGCAUUAGGCUACAGCCCAAAGACCCAACUAUGGCAAGUAGGCUACAGAGUUUUUGCCUUAGCUGCACCCAUUUGUACAUUCUCUGCAUGCGGAGCGCCUUCACCCCAAAUUUACAGAAAUACUUUAGUUUUAUUCACAGCUGCAGAAUGCUGAGCUGUGUGACCACUCAAUCCAGUCAGAGAGCUGUUGACUUGGUAGCUGCAUUCCUUAAGAACACAGCAUCACAUGCUGACAUUGCAGUGUGUCCAAACACCUCUGGUAUCCAUGGAUGCCAAUAAUUGUCCAUUGUGUUGCCUCUCUGCAGCUCCUCCUGCAAGUUACUAACUCAGUCUGUGCACCUCCUAAGGAAAAGUGCCUUAUUCAGUUAAUAUCCAUAUAUACACAGUUGUAGAUUGUAAACUAACUAAACCUAUUAAGUAUCAAUGGGAUUCAUCACUUUCACAACCCUGUGAAAUGGUUUUCUGUCGUAUUCUGCUUAAAAUGUCUGUUUUGUCACGCUCAGCCUGAACUUCGUGAUCAAACCCACAGAGCAUUUGCUAGUGACAAGUUGUCAAGCAAGUUUCCAAGCUUUUUUGUCACAUGCACACACUGUAGUGUCAUAUAUUUCACCUUUUGUGUAAGAGGCCAUCAGUCCUGUAGGUACGAUUUUUUUUUUUUUUUUGCUUUGCUCACACCUCAUUUUGAAACACACAGCCAUAUGUAGACACUUGCAAGUGCCACAAUGCCCCCUUGACAUGUUUUGUGCUUCUUUUGUGUCCUUUUUUCCCCCUCUCAAACCUUUUAUUUUGUGCCUUGUUUUCUAGUGUUGCCUUUAGUUUGACAAUGUAAAAACCAAUAAAAGUUUGAUUAUUGUUAAACAAA